GUAUCUAAAAUGUGAUGUUUGUGGAAAAGUAUUCCGGUAUAAUUAUGAAAUGACAAGACAUUAUAGAAUCCACACAGGCGAGAAACCGUUUUCAUGCACUAUUUGUGGUAAAGGUUUUGUAUGUAAUAGCUCUUUGGGGAAGCACAGAAGAGCUCACACAGGUGAGAAGCCUUAUUCUUGUACAACAUGUGGGAAAAUGUUUGCUUAUAACAGUGAUUUACUGAUGCACCUGAAGACGCACACCGGUGAGAAACCAUAUCAUUGUAAAAUAUGUGGGAAAAUGUUUGGAUAUAGUAGUUCUUUAUUUAAGCACAUGAGAAUGCAUACAGGUGAGAAACCAUAUCAUUGUAAAACAUGUGGGAAAGUAUUUGGAUAUAGUAGUUCCUUAUUGAAACACAUGAGAAUGCAUACAGGUGUUAAACAAUAUCAUUGUAAAACAUGUGGGAAAUCGUUCAGCCGUGACUCUAUGUUGGCAGAGCACAUAAGAACACACACAGGCGAGAAACCGUAUGGAUGUAAAACAUGUGGGAAAAUGUUUAACUCUAGAACUCAUUUGUUGUGUCACAUGAAAACUCAUGCUAAGCGGUGCACUAUCAAUACAAGAUUAUUGGCUCAGUGAGCUGCGUUGAGCUAAAAGUCAGAGGUUUGUGUCACAAAACUUGAUUUUUUUAAAUCUGGUUUUAAUUACCCUGUUCAGGAAUGAAUAAUUGAAAGAGCUAUGAAUAUAAAUAUUGAUUUAAAGGUCAUGGUAACUUAGACUGAACACAUAACUUGUUAAAGAGCAGGUAAAGUUGAGAGGUUUAACUGGAAUGUGCAUGUAUUCAUUUAGUAUGCAGAAAACAUACAAGUGUUGUUAUACUUGAUUCUAAUCUGCUGCUAAAUCUUUUGCACUAAUUUAAUUUGAGCUAUUAGAAGAUGGAUCACAAAAACAAUACAAUGAAUUUAGUUUGGAACAAAGUAAAGAAAAUAUUUUCUUAGGCUUUGGAACUAUAAGCUUUAACGUUUAAAUGGGUCCAGUUUAAAGUGUCAGAGCUCUAGAGAGAGCCAAGCGCACACUCUUUUGUCAUACUUUCAGCAAGUGUUUUAUUGGUAUAUAUUUUUUUAUGUUCUCUAAAAAAAUUUUAUCAUCUUAUUGUCAUCUGAUAAUGGCAGCGUUUAUUCUGA